UGUGCGCUCUCUCUUUCUACUUUCUAUCUCUAGAACUCACAUUCUCUAUCUAGAUUGAGAGAGUUAGGAGAGCUCUCUUCUGAGUUCAGUUCAAAUCUUCCACACUGUUCCUUCCAAAUUUCAAUCGGUUCUUCGGAUUUCUAGGGCUUUACCAGAUCCGAAAAUCUCUCUAACUCACUCUUGGCUUUCACAACCCACAUUCGAGAACUGAAAAAACGAUAUUUUCCUUUUUUUCCUCCUUUUUAAAUUCCAUUUUUUUGGGUCUCAGAGAAUUGGUUUCACGGAAAAUUCGUGACCCAAAACCAGAACUCCUGGAUCAGGGUUCAAUCUUGCAUUGAAUUCCCGGUCUGGGGUUCGGCUUUUCCGGGUUUGGGUCAUCUCGAAGGGUCUGCAUUCUCGUCUGUUUGAUGAAUUGGGUUGAUUUUUGGUGAAUUCAUUUGGUUUGGGGAUCUGGGAUUUUGUUGAUUGAGUGAAAGAACUUUCUCUGGGUUCGUUGAUCUGGGGUCUUUUUUGUAUCUCUGGUGCGGCUUUAGCGAUUUCUGUUGAUUUGGGGAUCUGGGGCGUGUCUGAUUGAAUCAGUGGCUGUGCUUGUACCAAGAAUCAAUAUCAAGAAUUCAAAUUUACAAGCAAUUGUAAGAAAAAAGCUGUGAUGAUCGGAGUGUUAGUGGUUUUAGAAGGAAUGCUGAUUCAAUCUUGAGCUUAAUGUAGCAAGAAUUGGCGGAAUCACAACUGAGUUUGGUGCUGGGAGCUCUGGGAAGAAGACAGUUUCCUGUUUGGAUACAGGGAACUGAGCAGAAGAAACUGUGAGGUAGGAUUAUGGGCUGCAUUUGCUCAAAAGGAAGUUCUGUCAACGAGUAUGUUGAGAAGAAUGCUAGGGACAAAGAAUUGAGCAAAAAAUCGUCUAAACGCCUUGUUGCUUCCUCAAGGAGAGAGGGAGUUGUAGUGGAGGGUUAUGGGGGAAGCAAUGAUGCAACCGCCCGGCUGAUACCGACUCAAUCAGCCGAGGACAACGCGGCAUCCACCCCAGUUUCAUGGGAUAAGGGGCAGAAGAAAUCAAUGGCUAUUGACAAUUCCACGAGGGCCGCGGUUCAAAAACCCUCAACAAUGGAAGUUGGGAUGAAUGCUGGACAACCCCAGAUGACUAGGAUUGUCAGCAUGGGAAACGGGGUUGAAGCAGCUCAAGCUGCUGCUGGGUGGCCAUCUUGGCUGACUGCAGUGGCUGCAGAGGCCAUCGAUGGGUGGGUGCCCCGAAAGGCUGACUCAUUUGAGAGGUUGGACAAGAUUGGACAAGGAACUUACAGCAGUGUGUACAAGGCACGUGACCUUGAGACUGGAAAAACCGUUGCAUUGAAGAAGGUGAGGUUUGCAAACAUGGACCCAGAAAGUGUUCGGUUUAUGGCAAGAGAAAUCCAUAUUCUGCGUAGGCUUGAUCACCCAAAUGUCAUGAAGCUUGAAGGUCUGAUCACUUCAAGGAUGUCUGGUAGUUUAUAUCUUGUAUUUGAAUAUAUGGACCAUGAUCUUGCUGGACUUGCAUCAUCACCCAAGAUCAAGUUUACUGAACCGCAGAUAAAAUGUUAUAUGCAACAGCUACUUCGUGGACUUGAACACUGCCACAGUCGUGGGGUUCUUCACCGUGACAUCAAGGGUUCAAACCUUCUUAUUGAUAAUAAUGGAAAUCUCAAGAUUGGUGAUUUUGGGCUGGCGACAUUUUUCCAACCAUACCAAAAGCAGCCUCUAACGAGUCGUGUAGUUACUUUGUGGUACCGGCCACCUGAGCUUUUGCUUGGUGCUACAUCAUAUGGAGUUGCUGUGGAUUUGUGGAGUGCUGGUUGCAUUCUCGCUGAACUGUAUGCAGGAAAGCCCAUCAUGCAAGGAAGAACAGAGGUGGAGCAACUGCAUAGGAUCUUCAAACUCUGUGGCUCACCUUCUGAAGAGUAUUGGAAGAGAGCAAAACUUCCACAUGCAACCAUUUUCAAACCUCAGCAUCCUUACAGGCGUUGUGUUGCUGAAACUUUUUGUGACUUCCCUUCACCAGCCUUGUCCCUUAUGGAUGUCCUUCUUGCAAUAGAGCCUGAGCGCCGGGGAUCAGCUUCUUCUGCACUUCAUAAUGAGUUCUUCACAACAAAGCCUCUUCCCUGUGACACGUCAAAUUUGCCCAAGUACCCACCAAGCAAGGAGUUCGAUGCCAAGCUUCGAGAAGAGGAAGCUAGAAGGCGAAGAGCAGCUGGCAGUAAAGGGCGUGGACACGAGUCUACCAGAAAGGUUUCUAGAGAAUCUAAAGCAGUGCCAGCACCAGAUGCCAAUGCUGAGUUGCAGGUGUCCAUACAGAAGCGUCGAGAGCAAUCAAACCCCAAAAGCAAAAGCGAAAAGUUCAUCCCAGAAGAGGAUGGUGGGUCUGGCUUCCCCAUUGAGCCUACCAAAGGGACAACAAGGAAUGGUUUCUCCCACUCUGGCAAGUCAAUUCACCCCACUGCAUUUGGAUCUGCAAGAAACAUGGAUGUGAAUGAGGAUGAGGCUCAAAUGGGUCCUGGUCGUGGGUCUAAUUCUUCAAGGAAUGGUGCAGAAUUGAGGAUACAGAAAUCCUACUCACAUAGGGGAGGAUCCCAACUGUCCAUGUUUUCUGGGUCAGUUGCAGUCCAAGGCUCUUCACGGUUUGACAAUGACAGAGAGAAUGGAAUGAAUCGGCACUGGCCAGAGGAGCGCUGCAAUGCCAGAUAUAACGAGCUGGGUGGUGCUGAGUCCUCGGAGAAGCACCAGUGGUCUCACCAUUUGCUGGACAGGCCAAAGUCUUCUCACAAGAAGGAUGAACAACCCUCUGAAAAGGGGUCAUCAAUGGGUUACGCCCCAAAGAAGAAUCGGAUUCACUACUCAGGACCAUUGAUGCCUCCUGGGGGAAAUCUUGAGGAAAUGCUCAAAGAGCAUGAGAAACAAAUCCAGCUUGCUGUCCGCAAAGCUCGUCUUGACAAAGUGAAGACCAAGAAAGCAUACAAUGACAACGGACAAACUGAAUCGCUACUUCCCCAUGGGAGAAACAACAGGUAACCCUUGAGUGGGGAUUACUGGCAAACUUGAUUUGGAUCCAGAAGCUCCAGAAGAACAGUUCUCAUAUUAGGAACUGAUCGUCCUUUCCAUCACCAGAAGCAAAAACUUGGGGUUUAUGAUCAGAUACCUAUUAUCUAAAUCCUAGAUAUGCCAUAAAGCUCGGAUCAUACCGAGAAGCUUUACGCAAUUCAGAAAGAUGGACAAAUAAAAUCCAUGGCCAAUGACUAUACAAAAUGAUCUGGUGAUUAUUGAGCUUCUUGAUACGCUGGUCAGUUGUUUGGUUGCUGGAAGGGGGGAGCUAAGGGGAGUCAAUUGCUGGAAAAUAUGCUUUGUACAGCUGAAAACUGGUUUGCUCAUUCAAUUUUUUUCACCCCAUUUGAUGUAAAGGCUAAGCCCAUCCCUUCCCAAGCUUGAAUGAAUUUAUAAGCACAGUCCACAAUGUGAUUCAAACCACAGAAGAACACAGUUUCUGACAAGAAAUACAUCAAUAUAACUGAUUUGUUCUUGCUUGUUA